AUGGCUAGUGGAUCGCUAGCAUAUCGACCACACCAGGAUCUGGACACAGACCUGACGAAGUUUGGCUUCCUAGUCUAUGCUGGAACCGUUCGUGACUUUCACGAAUGGGAGUUCCGAGCUAUGACAAGGUGGAAGCAGACCAAGGUUGAGGAGAGAUCCGACCUUGCGUCCAAGUUCCUCGACUCCUUAAGGAGCGAGGCAUACAUUGUCGCAGAAGACUUGGGUACCGACGUUUUGUUCUCUAGUCAGAACAUCCCCAAGGUGAUCGAGGCGGUUAGAGAACGCCUGUUCCCUUUGGCGGAACAAGAGACAAAGGAACUUUAUCGAUUGGGAACCCAAGUCGGCGGCAUGUUGUCAAGACAGCCGGGCGAGCCGAUGAUCUCCUACAUCGACCGCCGCAAGCGGUGGCUACGCAAGCUUCAGCAAUUAGACAAGGCCCUUCACAUAAGUGAAGCGGUGCUGACAGAUCUGUUGCUGGACAACAGCGGGCUCACCCGGCAAGAGCGACUCAUGGUGUUGACCUCGAUGGCAGGCAGCACAGCGACGAAGGAUGCCGAGGCAUCACUGAUUCGCAUGCAUAAUCGUAUCCAUACUCUGGAACGAAAGCAGCCAUCCGCCAAAGGCGGAACUGGCAAAGGGAAAGGUUUUCCCAGGAAGGGAGACCGAGGAAAAGGUAAAGGAUACGGCAAGAGAUCCCAGAAAAGGACUGCUUACACGUACCUUUCGGCCGUGGAAGACCUCUUCGAGUACCCUGACGCCGACGAGGACGAAGACGGAACAGCCUACCUGGCAGGACACGAGGACCAGGACGGCCAAGACGGUGAAGGACAGGACUGGGCGUAUCACGGAGAGGAGCUCCCCGUGUACGACAGAGAAGAAGACACAGCGUGUGUUGCCCAGUCGGCCGACGCUUCCCUAAGGGACGUCGAGCUUGAUGUCUUCACCGCCUUUAUAGGCGCUGGGUUCGACGAGGAAGACAAAGAGGCUUUGGCGUUUCUCGCAGACACUGUGCAAUGCGAGACCGUAGCCUUUAUGGCGCGGGCCAAGGCUAAGGGUAAAGGAAAGUCCGUGAUGCAAAAGGGUGCACAUGGAUAUCGGCCGCGAUCUACCGGUCUCACUGUUGAAGACAGGAGACGAAAGCUCCAUGAGAUUAAACUCAGGAGCACAUGCAAAACGUGUGGCAGAAAGGGCCACUGGGCUGGUGACAAGGAAUGCCCAGGCCCAGGGAAAGGAGCAGGGAAGCCUGCAGUGGCACACCUUGCCCAGGUUAGGCGUGUGAUGGAUAAAUCCACACAGACCUGCGACUUCAGCGCUAGCCCCAGCGAAAGCGACAGCGAGAGUCACAGCUUUGACCCAGAGCUGACAGCGAACUACGUUAGCUUGGGUCAGGACUCUGAGACGGAGCCUGCGGCGUACAUGGGUUUCUUCGACAAGACCGACUUUGAAGAGUCUGACGAAGAGCUCGUGGAAGACUUUGUGUCGCAAGGCGCCCCCUCCACGGAAUGGGAUACCAUAGAGUACCCUGACGGCAGCGAUCAGGUGUUUCGGUUCGGGAUGCACAAGGGUAGCACCUACCUUGAGGUUUUGCAGAACCACCCCGAUUACUACCAUUGGGGCCUCAAGGAGAAAGAGCCGAGCACCAUGCUAGAAGCAUGGCUUAUCUGGGUGUAUCGCAACUUUGAGGUUCCACCGGUUGGCGGUGGAAGGGCCACACUCAGAGCAGCUACGUUGCCAGUGGACGCAGACUCGCUGCAGCAGGCUAGGAAGGCGGUGACCCUUGAGAAGGCACCCAAGAGCAAACUCGGGUUGUUAAAGGCGGAUCCUAAAGGACCGUGUGUUGGCGGCUGUCCCGCACACGCUUUGAACAAAGCCGGCAGCAAUGCGCAUGUAAUCAAGACCACGUGCAUGUUGUGCGGUAACAGGACCUCAACCCCGAGACCAAAGGCUGUACCGAAGAACGACCCCCUCACGUGCGAGCACAAGCGCACGGACAACAGGAACAGCACGAGAUCGGUACACCGCACCUUUUGUCUUGAUUGUUGCACUGUGGUAGAGGAAAUCCCGCAGAAGCUCUUUAAGGAGCAGAAGGGACUCGCCGAGCAGGUGCAGCAGUCUCCACUCAAGGUGCAGAACCUCACGAGGAGACAGCUGGAGGAGUACAACUUUACGAAGUUUGAGGCAGGUGAGGUGGUAAAGAAGUUCUUCAAGCACAUGGACAAGUUUUUGUUGAGAGUUGACCAAGUCAGUUCAACCGAGUUGUCUAGUUGCCUUGAGGAUGCUAUGGACCAGGUUGUAGAACAAACGAAGUUACGCAUGCAACAUGCUAGGGCAGCUGACGUAGCUAGGUCUAGCCAGGAAGUAGAGCCCCCACCUUUGCCUGCGUUUUCCCCAGUACGUAGAGAGCGUAGGAGUGCACAGCCUCGUGAGCAAGCGUCGCCCGCCGCCGCAGCAGCUGCUGGCCCAAGAGAGAGGGGCGCAGCCUUGAGAGACGCCAUGGCGGCGUCUCCUCCCAGCGGAAAGGGCUGGGGAAGCCGCGAAAAGUUCGCCGGCGUGGCGACGACGGAGAAGAGUGGUGAUCCUGAAGAGGACACCAAGCUGACCCUCACAGCCUUGGUGGGGCAGCUGCAGCAAGAUGAUCUCGAAGGAGACAUCAGCCCGAAGAGUGUGCAGAGCUCAGACAGCGAGCCUGCACCCCUGGACGAGGAGAUCGCUGAGCCGCGACUCCCGCUCGUGGAUCCCUUAGAGGACCACGACAACGUCUGGGUAAUGCUGGACGAGGGCUGCAACCAGACGUGCCACGGGACGAAAUGGAGGGCUCACUCCUCAAAGGUCCUGGCAAAGUUUGGGUUGCAGUUCACCAGCGUACGCUCGAGUGGCACGAGCUUCCAGGGCAUCGGUGCGGCUCGAGCGACAGGCAAGUUCGCUAUGCCGUUCGCCCUCCGCAUCAUGCCCGAGAGCGGAGGCCUUCGCAGGAGCACGCGUCUGCAAGGAGAGCUUUCCAGCGUGGAGCUGGACUCUCCGGACGUGUUGUGCCUCCUGUCCUUGCAAGAUCAGGUUCAACUCGGCCUGGUCAAGGACUUGAGGCGAGGCGAGUGCCGAAUCUCGGGGUACUCCGGGACACUACAGCUAGCGAGGCACUCGAAGACCGGCCUCCUCCUCUUGUGCGUUAGCCAGUUUGGGGCGAACGUCACAGAGAGGCACCGCAAGUUUGCGGUGUGUCCCGAGAUGAUCCCUAAGAGGACAUCCAAGAAGGAGAAGAACACUUUCUCGAUCCCUUUGAGGGACGGGACACCACGCAAGGAAGAGACCUUGAUCCCUUCAGGGGACAAGGACAGCACGGCAUACAUGCUGUCCGAGAUGGUGAAGGAGACAUCAGGACAGCGAAAGAGCGUUCUGGUGGUAACGCUGGGCUUGGAAAAGGUAGAGUCCUGCCAACGUGGGCGCGGCACCUACCGUGGACUCACGGAACUUUUCCGGAGUAUGCGGCAGGGGCAGUCGCACGAGUUCUCGCUGAACAACGAGGCCCACGAGGGCACGCUUCUGGAGAGCCUGCGCCAGAACUUUGAGUCCUUCCGGGACUACGCCACGGAGCAGAUCCUUUUUCUGGACUGCCGGCACAUGAACGACCCGGGCAAGGACAAGUCCCUCAGGGACCACUUAGGCACGUACCCCAAGAACGUGCAAGCAAUGGUUUUGGACCCGAAGACAAAUGGAAAAUGGGUUGCGUUCAUGAAGGAGGUCGUGCCGGCCGUGCACAAGCUCAUCCAGGAGAACGAGCAGUGCGUGAUUUUUAUGUUUUGCAAAUCGGGCAGACACAGGUCUGUUUCGAAUGCAAAGAUCUUCUACGAUCUCAUAAAGGAGACGUAUGAAGUGGAAGCGAAGUUACUUCACCUUUGCGACGGCCACAACUGGCGAUACCUAUGUGGUGGUUGCGAAGAGUGCAACUGGGAGUCCAGAGAGGCUCGAGGCACCGCAGAGAAGGUGAUGGACUUCGCAAAGGAGCGCUGGUUCGAAUUCGUGCCCAAGGUGUGGGUGCGAAAGGAUGGCCAGCGCCGCUUAGGCGACGAUGGCGUCGUGGUGGAAGAGCCGAUUCCUUCGGGGACAGCUCAGGCAGAAGGCGCGGGAUCAAGCAGUGACCCGGCAGCCAAGCAAGAGGCCGCUCGAGGCGAGCAGCCUGGAGACGAGGACCACGACGAGGACGACAUCACUGGGGCAGCUGAGGCCAGUGCCAGCUCGAAGGCACAGGCGCAGCCCUACACGGUGGACACCCCUGAGGGAGUGUCGGUGCCGGUCCACGACUUGCGCCCCGAGCUGGAAGGAUUAGAUGACAAGUCCCUUGAGAAGGCGGCGAAGGCACUUCUGUCGUCGUUGGUGGCAGACGUCCGAUCCGGAAAACGGACGGAGAAGGAGUGGGACACCGACCUGGAGCUGGCGAACCGAAGCCUGGACCAGGCGAUCCUCCAGCUGGACGAGGACAAGGCCGCGGCACCACCUGGCGCAACCACAGCUGGAAGGACGACCGCUCAGGCGGCGGACCCACCGCCAAGAGAAAGGACCCGAUCGGCACAGGCCGACGGGCGAGGACAAAAGGGACCGAGGACUCACACGGAGUCCGCUCCGGCCAGUACGACCCACGCCGAAGCUCGACACGACCUUACCAGUAUGGGGCAAAACCCCGACACCUUGUCGGAUGCCUAUUUGACCCAAGUCAUCGCGGGUCACAAAAGGCAUGGCGAGGUGGCCUUCAAAACCUGGUUGCAACCAGGUGAUGGGGCCGGGCCGCCGGUUCGAGUGUCCUACCGGGCACACGCUGCUAAUUCCUGGGAUAAAGUCCCGACGGAAUUGCAGCGCUAUCGCAAGCAUGUUGCGAUUCAGUGGCGGUCCGACGGCCCAUGGGAGUGGGGCGAGAAGAACGUGGCAGCACACUCCUGGGUCUACUUCGGGGAUUCUUGUAAGAACCUCAACACGCACGACGACCUGCUGAUGCAGGCCUUGGGGCUCCCGUCAGUGGCAAUCACGGGCGAGCCGCCCACGAUCUUUGUCCUGGCGAGCUCGGAGUUCCAGCCCGGAUCCCUUGAGAGGACCGGCGCUAAGGUGAUCGUGCGACACCCUGGCUACCGUAUGAUCCUUCUGGAGGACAUCGGUUGGCAGAAGCAAAUCUCUAAAGAGAUUGCUAAGAUCCGUCCCGACCUGCUGCUGCUGGUGUACAGUUUGGAAGACCAGGCGAUAGGUGAAGUCAUGUCAAGUUGGGCGAACUGUGACCACGAUAUUCACUACUCACCUGUUAGCAUCGACACAGUUGGAACACAUGUUGGUUUUGCCGAAACCUUGUUGCUUGUGUUGCAAGAGGGCUGUGUAGAGCACCACGUUGCUGAGGCGUUUCCUGUUGAGGCAAGGCAGGAAGAGGUUGAGGAAUCUGGUACUCUAGAUGCUAUAGUGGAUCCCAGAGACAAUAGGACCACUUUCAUGGAUGAUCUGGAACUCGCCGAGGAAGCAGACAUCUUAGACACGUUGCCUUUAGCAGGGUUUCCUAAGGAAGAGUCUGAGAGGAGAAAGGCAUGGUCUAAGGUGCCACGGCGUGUUCGCUUGGGGAUCAGGAGGUUGCACACCAUGAUGAACCACAAGCCUAAGGAGGUGCUAGUGCAGGUACUCCGUGGGGCAGGUGCUUCUGAAGAGUUGGUGAAUGCAGCUAAGAUCUUCAAGUGUGAGUCUUGCAGGGUUAGCGAAGAGAAGGUUCGCACACACCCUGUGUCAGCUCCACCACCUUACGAGUUCAACCACACAGUUUCGGUGGACGUGCUGGAGACUGCAGACUCAACAGGCGCAAAGUUUAGCUGGCUGAACAUUGUAGAUGUCGGCACAAGCUAUCAAGUUGUGACCUUAGUCCGCGUUGGUGGCGGACAGCCGAGCUCAGCCAAGUGCUUGCAGAAGUUCAUGCAGCACUGGGUUUCCCCUUUUGGGUGGCCAAAGGUGGUUUCCCACGACCGUGGUUUACACAACCGGGGCGCUUUCGCUCACGGCUUGAGUAGCCAUGGAGUCCAGAUCCGCCAAGCCGGACUGGAAUCGCCUGAGCACAUUGGGAAGUGCGAAAGGCAUGGAGGCAUCAUAAAGCGAGCCUUCAAGCGUUUGGUCAAGGACCACAACGUUGUGGGCAAAGAUGAUGUCAAGGUGGCGAUGCUCGAGGCGCAGGUCGCAAAGAACGAGUUCAUGCGUGUUGGAGGCUUCAGCCCCACUCAGUGGGUGCUUGGACGCCUGCCCAGAGGAGUGGGUCACGUUUUGGACGAGGAAGAGCUAGGACAGCUUGGAGUUUUGUCGGGCAGGUUAGAUGCCACGACUGCGUUCGGCCGACAGGCCGAAUUCCGCCACACUGCCAGAAAGGCAUUCGUCCAUGAGGACUGCAGUCGCAGGGUGCGAAAGACCGUUUUGCGAAAAGCGGCUCCCCUGCCGGGGAAAUACCAAGCUGGGGACCUAGUUUGCUAUAGGAUCGCGCGAGAUGAGCACUCAGGCGUAAGUACGUGGUCGACUGUUAGUAAAAUAAUCGGCUUCGAUAACAAAACAGUCUGGGUGGUGCAUCAGGGCGUGCCAGUGGCGACCAGCUUGGCACGACUCAGACCGUGCACAUCGGCUGAGGUUCUAGCGUUCCAAGUGUUGAACCGUGGCAACAUACAGUACGAGCACGCGGAGGUUGAACGCGAGCAGCAAAGGUACAUUGAUGCCACCGGGGAUGAUCUAGUACUAGACGACCCAGAAGAGCCACCGGACGGAGGAAUUGGAAUAGGUUCUCCGAUCCAAAUGGAUGCCGAAGCAGAUCCUCCAGAGACUGCGGCUGCUGCUCCAGAACGAGCUGUUCGAAGGAGAGUUGGAGCAACACGUGAAGAGUCACGGGCCGUGACUGUGGAGGAGCCAGAGGACGAGCAGGUGGACCCUACAGGAGGGAUCCAAGAGCCGAUGGCUGAGGACACGGCGGUGGACGCCGAUGUUGAGGCCGAAGCCACAGAAGGUAGCUCAGCGCUUCUUCUGAGGGCUUACGCUAGCCACUUCUGGACGAAAGAGGAGUACGAGGUCUUACGGGUUUUCUUCGCAGACCGCGUCGAGGACGACAAGAAGGUGACGCAGUGGCGCAAGCGCCGCAAGAACUUUACGUCCAAGAAGCAGAAGGAGAAGCACGGGAAGAUCCUAAUGUACCACAAAUGCCCUGAGGAUGUUCAGAAGGAACUGGACAAGAGCAGAGCCAAGGAGUGGGCAAAGUGGCAGGACUUCAGUGCUGCGAUCAUUCUUGAUGACGCUCAGUAUGAUGAGUUGAUCCGCGAAGGACAUCAAGUCAUACCUACCCAAUGGGUAGAGCUGGACAAGAACCACAACAAGAGGUUACUUGAUCCUACUGUGGAGGCCAACUACAAGAGUAGGUUGGUUGUUCGGGGUGAUCUUGAGAAGGGUGAUCCUAGGAGUGAUAGCCCUACUGCUAGCAUAGAAGCUCAGAACUUAGUGUUUUCGUUUGCGGCUUCUAGGAAGGUUAAGAUUAAGUCCCUGGACGUGACUAACGCCUAUUUUCAAGGCGAGGAGAUAGAUAGAGUACUUCUACUAUCUCAGCCCAAGGGAGGACUCCCUGGGCUCAAGCCACACCAGCACAUGCUGGCGAGAGCACCCAUCUAUGGCAGCACCGAUGGUGGUAGACGGUUUUGGAAGAGGCUUAGGAAUUACCUUAAGGGUAAGGGACUUCGCGAGAACCGCAUCUACCGCGCUUUGUACAGUUACACCGACGCCGAUGGGGUUGUACAGUUGCUCUUGACGUCCCACGUAGACGAUCUAUUGUGGGCUUGUGAUCCGUCAUGCGAUUGGAUCAUGAACGAUCUCAUUGAGACGUUCAAAUGCGGGAAGGUCGAGACCGGGAGCUUCAGGUACUGCGGGAAGGAGAUAAGCCAAGACGAGGAUUUCAAUAUCCAUGUGACCUGCAGCGAGACAACGAGGAACGUGAACAAGAUACACGUUGACAAGAGGAGGCACCCGGGAGAUCCCUUAGCGGACUCUGACAGGACGCAGAUGAAGAGCGUCGCUGGGUCCCUUGCUUGGGUUUGCAGACAAUGCCGACCCGACUUAAGCUAUAGGGUAUCCAAGAUCCAGUCGGCUUCUAGCAAUGGUACCGUCGCUGACAUCAGAGAUGCCAACAAAGCGGUCGAGUACGCUAUUAGCACCUACGACAGAGGACUUGUUUUCAAGUCUGGGCUGUUGGACUGGAAGACACCAGGUGCUCUUUUGAGUCUGGUGAUCACGGACGCUUCUCACGCGAAUGAGUCCGAAGAGAUGAUCAUAAAUGAGAUGACAUCUGUGGAAGGACACCGGAGCCAAGGUGCAAGGAUGGUGUUUCUUACAGACGGCGCCCUGUGGAAAGGGAACAAGGGUAGCAUUCAUCCCAUCUUGUGGGCGAGCAACCUCGUUCGGAGGGUAUGUCGCUCCACCAUACAAGCAGAGGCCUACACACUUCAGGCAGGUGUGGAGGACGGUGACGUGCUGAGAGCAGCUGUCACUGACAUCUUCGGAUGCCUCGAUAUGAAAAGGUGGGAGGCUACGUCGGCCAAGUUUGUAAAGCAGAUCUGGAUGACAGACUGUAAGAGUCUGGAGCUGACGCUUUCGAAUCCGAAAUGCAAUAAGCAUUCGGACAAGAGAUUGAGCAUCGAGAUCGCGUCUCUUAGACAGGAGCUAUGGCGCAAAGCUGGCGAGAAAGCAGGAGAUCCGUUUUACGACGACUACAAGCCAGCGGAUGAUCAGUUAACUGACAUCGUCAGAUGGAUUGACACUGACGUGAUGAUCGCUGAUCCAUUGACUAAGGUCAUGGAGCCGGUCAAGUUGGUUGAAGCUCUGAAAACCAACACACUCGACGUAGAGCAGCCGCUCGAGAGUGUCGUGAAGAAGCGCGCCAAGCAGCUUCAGAGGAGGUCGACGAAGAAAGAAGAGGACAACGAGCAAGACCGUUGA